UUCAGUUAUGUUUCUGGUGUCUGUAUAGCAGCUGAUGGUUCGGUUUGUGUCUGCCUCGCCUCUUCCUUCCUAACUGGUACCGAAAGUGAAAGACAGCAGCGGUUAUAAUGAUCAGAUAGGCUGGCUGCUGCUCGGAUGAACCCAUACAUGUAAAACAAACUUUCAAAUGCAAGAUGUCAAAACCUCAAUGUGAAAUCCAGAAACAUGAAUCGCUACACUGUAAUGAAUCUCAGAGAGAAACUGGAGAACUUGUCUAUCUCAGAUUAUCAGGGCCUGAAGAGUCCUGGUCUGACCUGCUAUCUGAACAGCGUCCUGCAGGUGCUUUUCAUGACUGAAGACUUUCGCGAAGCCGUGAAAAGAAAUUGCAGUGAAAAGCCAACAUCCAUUGAUGCCCAUCUGGGGAAUCUGUUCUCUAUGUUGGAGAGAGAAAUGGCCCAAACACACAACAUCGUAAUAAAACUGGGCAUCAAAGACGUUUAUGAGCAACGUGAUGCUGCUGAGUACUUUGAGAAGAUCCUCUGUCGGACCAGUCCAGAGGCCUCGAAGAUAUUCAAAGGCGAGCUGAAUCAUAAAUCCACAUGCCUCAAGUGCAACGAGACGGAUGAUUCAAAAAACUUGUUCUGGGUUCUACCGCUGUCAAUGGGAGAUCCAAAGUCUAGCACCUACAGUGUGAGACAAGGAUUAGACAGUUUCUUAAAGGUACAAACAGUCUGCGAGGACAACCAGAUGUUCUGCACCAGAUGCAACGAAAAGCAGGACGCUAAGACUGAAUAUGAGAUGACACAUCCUCCAGAUGUUCUGGCGCUGCUGCUGAAGAGGUUCUCCUUUGAUUAUCAGCAGAACUGCUACGUCAAGCUGCAGUGCAAAGCUAAAGUGGUCCAGACUUUAGAAAUUAAGAACUGCAGGUACCGCCUCUACGCUGUAGUCCAUCACUAUGGAGAUCUGAUGGGAGGCCAUUACACCGCAGACAUCCAAUCUUUUGAAACUGGGAACUGGUACUGCUUCAAUGACAACACUGUUAAAAGUGUCCAUAAACUUUAUUCUAAAUCUGAACAUAAGUCAAUAAGCUCAACGACAGCUUAUCUCCUCAUGUACAAAAUGGUGAGUGGACGUGACAAGAAGACUGAUGGAAGUGCUCUGAAAGCUUAUUGUGGUCCUUUGGAUGAAACUGAAGACCGACGCAAUGAGGCAGAACCAAGAGAAGAUCUCAUUUCUGAACAUCUCCUGCAAACUGAAAGCCGCAAAGCAGAAGGCAUUCCACAUUUGGCCGGAGAGAUAAUCAGAAAUGGUGUGAAUUGCUCAAGCUCUUUCACAGGACGGAAUAAACAACCACACCAAGUAGGAGCAACGUUUAUGCCACAGGGAAGCAUCAGGCUUUCAGAAGACAAGACUACAAAGGAGCGAAUGUGUUAUAUUAACACAGAAAAAUCCUCAGACUGGAAGAUGCCCCAAAGAUCUAUCGCUCCUAAUAAAGAUGUAGGAGUGAAUGAGCUCAGGGACCAACAGGGUAACAAUGAAACAAAGACUAGAACAAACACACAUCUUUGUAAUCACAGUCCUCCAAGAGAAAGAAUCAAGUCUGCAGGAACUACAGUUAAGUUAAAUCACAUGGAGGCUCCGGCUGUGGUAACAGGAGAAAGAAAUGGCCGUACAAUUACUGAAAAGACUUAUAGCAAUAAUGUGGGCAACUAUAAUGCAAACUUACACUAUAUUUGCUCUCCAACUUCAUCUCCCACAAGAUCUUCACAGUCUUUCAGAACAGCAGCUGAACCCAGUGGCUCACCAGCUGUUUGGACAACAUCACAGAGCUUCAAGGGGAAACAUAGACCAAAAAUCUUAGAAAGCAAAAGAACCUUGAGCUCAAGCAACGAGAACAAAGUAAAACCUUCUGACCCCAACAUAAUAAAACAACACUGGAGAUGAAGGAACUCAUUUUUAUUUAUGAUCUGAUUUUUUUUUUAUUUGUCUUUGAAAAAAACAUAGUUUUGUAUUUUUAUUCUCCAAGAAACAAUUGAAAAUGUCAACAGUCUUUGUGCUGCUGUUAAAUGUGAGCACUCAGUUCUGACGUUUGAUUGUCCUGCUUUGUUUAUUUACCAUUUUUAAUGGUGACAUCCUGGUUUAUUCUGAUGAAUUCAUCCAAACAGGUUUUAAGAAGAUUUAUUCAUGCAGGAGGUAUAACUUCCUGGAAAAGAACCCUAAACCUAUUUUUUGAAAACCAGUUUAUGGUUUACUACAAAGACUAUAAGCAUACAGUACAUGAACUGUGCUGACUUUAUUCUACCACUGCAUCCUACCCACAGAUCUAAUCCAGCAAUGUGAUUUAUUUGGUUUGAAGCGUUAUCUUGGCGCAGCUCGAGAACUUCUGUGUGAUACUUUUAGUGCUGAUAAUUCUCCAGAUGUUUAAACCUUUUACUGCAGACUGAAACGGUGCAGCUAAUUCAAUAUUUGAUUGCUGUUUCCUUGAUGACUGAAGCUCUCAUGUCUCUUCUGUAAUAGAAUCACUUCCAAACAACAUGGAUUAGGAAUUUGGUCAACUUUUGAUGCACAUUUAACUGAAGUUGUACAUUGUUAUAAAUAACGAUCCAUUUUCAAAACCCUGUACUGUGCAGCACAGACAAACAAAAUCAUGUAUGCAUGCAGUCACUGCUAAGAGCCAUUAAGAGAAACCAAUUAAGCUAACAUGCAUGUUUCAGACUAGGAGGGAGCUGGAGCACCUGGAGAAAUUCCUUACGUGUCCAAGGAGAAAAUGCAAACUCCAUGCUGAACGAUUUCAAAUUAAUUAUCAAGGUUCCAAAAUGUAAAAUUCGGAUUUAAAGAGACCUUUGCAGCAUAUUAGAGUGUAGCAGAGGACUAGAAUUGAAUGUAGUUCCCACUAUAGGUGCAAAUCUAGAUAAGAUGAUUAGGGAAACCGUGUUUGAUUUAAUCACCUAGGCAAUAAAUACAGUGAAGUAAGAAGGCAGCCCUUGAAUGCUGUAGAUGGAGACAGGCCUCAUGCAGCAACAGGCUAGCAAACUCACUAAUAUGCAGCAAAAAGAAAACAUAUUCCUGAACAGGGAGGACUUUACAAAGUCCUGAGUUCGGCCCUGACUCAGGAGAUUCAGCUUUAAAAGGAACCGGAACCCUGCAUAUUUGUUCUAGGCCUGGUAAAGGUCUGCUUAUGUUUGGGUUUUUGUCAUAUUAUCUCUAAUUGUCUGUUGAACCUGCUUGGUUUAAGAUGAUAAUAAAUAUUCACUAUUAGAUACAAA